AUGCCCUCUAUCACCGACAAGCGGAUCCUCACGAAGGAAUGGAACGAGGAACAGCAUUGCUGGUUCUUGGUCGUAGACCUGUCGAUUUCCAUACCCAAGCGCCGAGAACUAACGCGAUAUGUUUCCGAAACCCUCCAACAACCUCGUCUGCUCACAUUUGCCGAGACAUGUGGAAAGGGCGAGAAAGCAUACCAGUAUGGUGUGUCGUUUCAGCCAGGGGGAGGUCCACAACGAGCCCAAUUGACAAAAACUGCACGAAAGGAGGACAAGAUCAACGGAUCUGAGAUCAACUACAGACUUCUGGACUUCUGCAACAAGGUUGCCUCAAUUGGACUACGGGAAUUGGCAAGCGCUGCACGACGACAUGAAAAUCUCAAGCAUGCCUCCCUCAUCCCGGGACCAAAGGAAGCGACAUUUUUACGAACCAACAGCAAAACUUCGCCUCGAUUGGUGCCAACCUUGCGGACGAGAUCGGAAAGUUCGGAGACCCUCAUCCUGACCCUGGCGAUGACAUUACUUCGUUGA